AUGCGGCAUGAGAACAAAUACUCUGGCAUAAUAUUGCAAAUAGACUCGGGCCCGGUCUCGCCAGAGCAGCUUGCAUCAGAAAUUAAACACAUCUACGGCAGUCUUACUACGAACGAAGCUAGAUGUGCACGAGUAGCUCGAGAAGGAUACCUAGGUGCUAAGGGAGAUCCUCGCCAAUGGCAGACAGUCAUUGAUGCCCACAGUGCCUUGAUCAACGAUCAUGUCGAGUUCUUUAUGGUCUCUCAACAUCCAGAGGCAAUCCCACUUCUACGGGGUCUUGCUACGAAAUACACUAUGCCGGCCCGACUUUGGAAACAUGGAAUCCACUUACUUCUAGAAGGAAUGCGUUCGAAACUACCAGGCAGCCUCGAGUUCAUGCUGAGCUUUGUUCAGCAUGCAUAUCGCAUGAUCGGGCUAUUUUACGAGACGUUCCCGGCCUUUGAGACCACAUGGAUGGAAUGUCUUGGUGAUCUUGCGAGGUAUAGAAUGGCCAUCGAAGACGACGAUCUUCAGGCUCGGGAGAUCUGGCGUGGAGUGGCCAUCUCCUGGUACCAGAAGACUGCAGCAGCGAAACCUAAUGUUGGCCGACUAUCGCACCAUCUCGCUAUCCUCGCGCGUCCCGACAUAUCGGAGCAACUCUUCCUCUACGCUAAAUCUUUGACCUCCAUAGAACCUUUUCAUGCAUCUCGGGAGUCU